CACACUCAAACCCAAGCCAACAAACUGUGUGUGACAGUCAACGCUGGCAUUACAUUUAGUUCUAUAUUCUCAACCUUAUUGUGAAUGUGGAUAGAAACAACACACGAUAAUUUCACAAAAAUAUACCAAAUAGUCGUUUUAUUUUUAUACCAAAACGGAAGAAGAGAAAGGGAUAUAGUAAAAAGAAGAAGAAGAAGAACUCAAGGCUAAGAUAAAAGAUACAAGACGGCAAAAAGGAUUUACCCCGAGCACAUACACACAAUCUCAAGAGUCCUUUAAGCAGCUGCAAGUCGACGUUAUUAUGCGAUAUUCAACCUAAUUGAAGUUUCCCCCCUAUUCAAGGAUAAAGGUAGCACAUUCAGAACGCACAUUAUACAUCUGACAGGAGUUUUCCAAUUGCGUGUCAUGGACAUUAAUCUAAGCUUGGAACAUUAUGAGGCACUUUAUAAGGCGGCCCUCGCCGCCCAGGAACACGCCCACUAUUCGCCAAAGUGUGUGAAGACAGUGGAGGAGUUGCAGCUACGUUGUCGCAUCUGCGGUUGCCUGGACGACGGCACCUUUGUGGAGUUGGACGCAGUGCAGGACUUUGAUUUCGAAUCCUCGAUAUGCAGCUAUCGUGUACUCUUCCAGCGCACCUCGCUGCAGUUUCAAUUUCACACAAUGCCCGAUCUGCCAUCGCGCAUUUGCAUCAGAUGCGGAUACAAAGCAAAGAUAUUCUAUCUGCUAACGCGACAAUUUGUGCUCGGUCAACACGCAAUGCGCUCGACAAUCACGGCAUGGUAUCACAAGAAGUACGGUGUCGAGGCGCCCGAGCAGAUCGAGGAUCGAACGCGACUGAUGAAGGAAUUGGGAAUAACAGAGACUAGUUUAAUUAAAAAACCCAAUGAGACACCAAGAAAACAAAAUUCGACAGUCAAGGAACUGAUUCAGGCUUGUGAAAUGGAUCGUAUUCCGGAGCUGACGCGUUCAGUUUCAGCUGACAAUAAUUUGGAUAUCGAAUGUACUAAGAAUCAAAGUGAUCUUGAGACAGAUUCGACAACUGCUCGCCACAAGAAUCUCCAGGGUGGUCAGAUGGCACGAUCCUCAGUAAAUCUUCUAUGCACUCCGAAAAUUCGUAGUCCAAUUGAAAAGUCUGCAAAGGAAAAUCCUAAUCGGAUUCAGAGUCCACAAACUGCAAGAGCAGAGAUGAAAAAGACUCUCAAUGGAGAUAAAUCAAAUCGAGAGAAGACUGUGAUCAUCAAGGAGUGUCUCGUGAGUCCCAGAGUGGCCAAGAUCGAGGCGCGGGGAGGGGAACGUUUGCUCAACAAACCCAAAAUUCUAGAGACUACUGCGGCAGAAGGAUCUACCAAGUCAGAGGUGCCAGCAUCGAAGGCUCAUUUACAACAAAAGCUUCAGGAACGUAGAAGACAGUGGCGUUAAUAAUAUUUUUUUAUACCAGUUAGUUUUUAGUGUUUGUCAUAUUAUUUAUGUAGUAGAAGACCGUAGUGGAAAGAGAAGCGCCAAUUGGGCAAAAACCAUUUCGAUUUGUGUCAUUUCAAAAUCUUUUAGGUAUUAGUGCAAUAAUAUAAAGCCAACACAUCUGACACAAUACAAUUACAGGAGAUUUAGGGGCAAUUUUUGGACGCACAAACACACA